UAGUGAUUCACCUCACACACUGCUAUUGGAGUCGACCGAGGUGGAAGUUCAUUGGUAAAUCGCAGAAGAGCUGACACUGAUAUAUUUUCUACUUCCAAAAACGAAAUGCUGUCUUUCUGUCUCCGUUUUUCGGCUGUUCUGCUUCUUUUACAGUUUAUUGCUGUGACUUCUGCAGAGGAGGUGGGUGCAGAGGAGGUGGGCCAUGAACGGUACGGUUCAAACAGCAACGAUCCGGGCAUCAAACCACCACGCGUUUCACCCAAAUUGAAGAAACUGUCAGAAUAUUUAUUGUACACAAAGGGAAACCGUGAGGCCUAUACAAUACUUGAUGAUAGUGAUAAGGAUUUACUAAUAAACACUCCUUUUAAACCUGGUKCAAAGACCUUCCUCAUAAUUCACGGAUGGACUGGCAAUCCUAAAGAUACAUGGGUCACAGACAUGAAAAAUGCUUUACUGGACAAAGAACCAGAUGCCAAUGUUAUUGCAGUUGGAUGGGAAAAAGCCGCAGCGGGCUGGUUAACGUACGAACGAGCCGCAUCCAACACACGAUUGGUUGGACCAGAGGUAGCAAAGUUUCUCAUGUUCCUCAACGACCAAGACGACACAAGCACUCCAGACAAGUUCCACGUGAUCGGGUUCAGUUUGGGGGCACAUGUUGCUGGUUUUGCUGGGAAAAGUUUUUAUGAUCAAACAAAAGGAACAAAGAUUGGUCGUAUUACAGGACUAGACCCAGCCAGACCCGAAUUCCAAGGACAGGGCAUUGAUAGAAGGCUGGACGCCACUGACGCUGAUUUCGUCGAUGUCAUUCAUACUGAUACUGUCAGUAAAGYUUACCCAUUUGGUACCCAUGAAGAGAGUGGAACGUUUGACUUUUGGCCUAAUGGUGGMAAAGCACAGCCUGGAUGCGGCAAACUGGCGGUCAAGUGCUCGCAUUACCGAGCUCACCAGUUUUUCAUCGAGUCCAUCAAAUCCAGCGCGUGUAAAUUCCGUUCAUAUCGCUCAAAAUCCUGGGAUGACUUCAAACGUGGCUUCUUGGAUGAAUGUGGAGAUAGCGGAAAAAACUGUCCAGAAAUGGGAUAUAACGCCAUUAAC